CGGAGAGGACCGAGGUGGGACUUGCGCGCUCCUUCUUCUCCAAUCGUGGUUCGAGGGGCGGAGGCUUUCCAUCCAUACUCUGAUUAUGAGUCAGUUACCAGACAUAAGCGAAACAAUAACAGUUGGUGGUUACUUUGUAUCCAAAACCUUGAAAGGCAAGUUGAGUCUUUAGCGCUUUUUAGCGCAGCAAGCUCUCGAGUGCAGGCUAAAUCGGAGGUUUCAUAAGAGGAGCUCAACGCGCUCCACUUUUAAUCAGUUAAGGAGCCUUUAGUGUUCAAUCGUGUUUUUUUCUUUCUUCCCUACAGUAGCGGUGCAGGAGUGGCCAAAGCUAAAAGCAGCGAUUCAGAUCAGAUUUCACCUAAACCAGCUGGGAGAGACACCGAGAGAGAGAGAGAGAGGAAGAGAGAGAGAGAGAGAGAGCAGAGAGCAGAGAGAGGGUUUGUCAGUCUCCCUCCUCCCAAAUCCAGAAAAGCUUACCAAGGAAAAAGGAGGAGUGUCUGGGCUGAGAGAGACGCAGAGGAAUUUCCGAGGAUAUUUUCUCUUCUUUUCCCCCCCUCUUGAUAUUAAAAAAUUAAAAAGUUGGAGGCGAGGCAGCAGGGACCGUGGUCAAUGAUGGACGAGCAGCCUCGGUUGAUGCACUCCCACGGGGUAGGCAUGGCCGGACACCCUGGCCUGGCGCAGCAUAUGCAGGAUGGCACGGCGGGGACGGACGGAGAGGGAAGAAAGCAGGACAUCGGAGACAUAUUACAGCAAAUAAUGACCAUCACAGACCAAAGCUUAGACGAAGCACAGGCGAGGAAACAUGCACUGAACUGCCACAGAAUGAAACCUGCUCUCUUCAACGUCUUGUGUGAAAUAAAGGAGAAAACAGUGCUCAGUAUCCGUGGCGCCCAGGAGGAAGAGCCCCCAGAUCCUCAGCUGAUGCGACUGGACAACAUGCUGCUGGCGGAGGGCGUGGCCGGGCCGGAAAAAGGCGGCGGGUCGGCAGCUGCUGCAGCCGCUGCAGCAGCCACUGGCGGCAUCGGUGCCGACAACUCAGCAGAACACUCCGACUACCGUGCCAAGCUGUCUCAGAUCCGACAAAUUUACCACACAGAGCUGGAGAAAUAUGAACAGUUGGACAUCGUCCCGACUGGUGGUGGAUAUGGACAGAGGCAAAACUUUAAAAAAAAUGCGUGCAAUGAGUUCACCACCCAUGUGAUGAACCUGCUGAGGGAGCAGUCUCGCACACGACCCAUCUCGCCCAAAGAGAUCGAGCGCAUGGUCAGCAUCAUCCACCGCAAGUUCAGCUCCAUCCAGAUGCAGCUGAAACAGAGCACCUGCGAGGCCGUCAUGAUCCUGCGCUCGCGCUUCCUCGAUGCCAGACGAAAGAGGAGGAACUUCAACAAACAGGCGACAGAGAUCCUAAACGAGUACUUUUACUCCCACCUCAGUAACCCCUAUCCCAGCGAGGAGGCCAAAGAAGAGCUGGCCAAGAAAUGCAGCAUCACAGUCUCACAGGUAUCAAACUGGUUUGGGAACAAGAGAAUCCGAUACAAGAAAAACAUCGGCAAGUUCCAAGAAGAGGCCAACAUGUACGCAGCACGGACCGCAGUCAGUGCAACCAGUGUGUCUGCUCACGGCAGCCAGGCAAACUCUCCAUCAACUCCCAAUUCAGCAGGUUCUGCUGGCUCUUUUAACAUGUCAAACUCCGGAGACUUGUUCAUGAGUGUGCAGUCCCUCAAUGGGGACUCGUACCAAGGGGGGCAGGUUGGGGCCAACAUACAAUCCCAGGUGGAUACCCUUCGCCAUGUUAUCAGCCAGACCGGAGGAUACAGUGACAGCCUCGCAGCCAGCCAGAUGUACAGUCCACAGGGCAUCAACACAAAUGGUGGCUGGCAAGAUGCUCCGACUCCUUCGUCAGUGACAUCGCCCACAGAAGGACCCGGAAGCGUUCAUUCGGAUACUUCCAACUGAAUAUAUCCAUCUCUACACCUCAUCUACAAAAAACAUGGACUGACCUUGCUAUUCACAGUAUUAAACAAAGGAAUUCACUGCCCCACAGUUUGGAGAGGUACUGUGAAAUCCUAACCAGAAAAAAAAGUAAUAUUUCCUCUGCUUAUAACGUUGGACAUUUGGGAUACAAACAAAAAGUUUCACAAUAAAAAUCAAAACAAUACCGCAAUCAAUGAAGACGUUUGUACAGAUUUCACAUUAUAUUCAGAGGGCUGGGGUUGCUUAUUUACUCGUAAUGUUUUCACUCAUAAUGAUGAAAUGAUAUUAUAAAAGUAAAUAAAUCAAAUCAUUGGUUUUAACUGAAAAUACUUCAUUCUACCUCUCAGCCACUAAAAAAAAAAAAAAAAAUAUGUCAGUGACCAUUAUUUGUUUUGUAAAAAUGAAACUUGUCUUUGCAAGCAAGAGGCACAUCUUCUUACUUACAUUUUGUUGUCUCUCACCUAUUCUAUGGUACGCCAUUUAGACUUAAAUAUUGCUCAGUUGUUUACAAUGUGUGCUUGAUAAAAGUAUGUUCAUCUUCCCCUCUGUCUCCGACGAGUCAAAACAGAGUUCUGUCAGGAGAUUUAGGUAACCAUGUGAAGUAUGUUAUCUGUAAAACAAUAAAUAAAUACUUGUCAUCAAA